AUGCGACCGCCGCAUCACCCGAAAGGAUCGGAUCCCGACCGCAAGAAGUUCUGGAAUGGCUUGGCAGUGCGAGAAAAAGUUAGGUCCAAUCCUGCAGCUCGCUUAGGACAACAGGAGAGACCGUCGUUGCACGAUCUUGAAAUGUUACUCCUCGCCCACACCUGUUCAGGCAAUGAUCCGGCCCUCGCACGGCUCAAGUGGAGUCCGGGAGUAAGUGGAUUCGAGUUCUCCCAUGUGGUGUGA